AUGUUGCUUUAUUUUAAAGCUCUUUGUUUGUGGUUGAAGGAGAUAAAGAUGAAGAGAAGUAAUGCAUUGAUUCGGUUUAGGAAGACAAGAGUAGAAAGAGAAUUUUCGAAAACAUGUCUCAUGUUAAACAUAGAUGCACAUAAUUUUUUGAUGCCAUAUCAAAAGAUGGUGCAUGCAAAUGAGAUGAUAAAUUUUUAUCGAUUGCUAGCUUUUCUUUUUUGUCAACUCAACUCAACUGAAGGUUACAAAGUGGAAACAAGCAUCGAGACAUACUCAACAAAAAAGCAGCAGAACAUUUUGUGUUGGGGGAAUAAGCUUAAAAUGAGCGUCACAAACUGGCUGACUUUCCUUUCCAGCUACGUCGUCCGAAAAAUGGCAGAGCAUUGGGAAAAGGAUGUUGUUCAAGGGAUAGUGGAUCCUUCGAAACUUUUAAAUAAUUUCUAUCUUCCCAUGUUGGUUAACUAA